AUGUUCACCGUCCGCGAACCUCCUGACUUCAUCUUUAUCAUCACUAUCAGAUCGAUUAAGAUGCCUGCCAUCUGUCGCAAUGGGGAAACUUGGAUUGAUCCGGGUACGAUUUCGGCCUUGUCUUUCAGUACACUUUCAACGGCAUCCUCAGCAACUUUAGCCGGAUAUACUGCGCCUUUUCGCCUAUCGCUCGCUGAUGUACCACUUGAUAAGGUAGAACCAUCUUGA